AUGGUUGUAUUUAACAGUACCAAUGUGGGCAGCAGUAGUAAUGACAACAAUGCAGAGAUGCCAUUGCCUGACAACCCUGUGCUUGAGAACAUCUUGUUCAGUGGUGAAGAGCAUGCAACUUGGUUUGGAAGGGAUGCACCUCCAUUUGUCGAUGACCAUGGAACUGAUGGUAACAGAUAA